UUCGUCGUUCUCAUCUGAUGCAUCUAUAAAGGACACUCGGCGCAGCCAAAACCCUAAUCGCUACACAGGAGCCCUUGCGCAGUAGAGCAGUCGCAUUUCCCUUGGUGGCCGUAGCGUAGCACUCCGUCGAAAAUGAAGUUCAACAUCGCGAAUCCAACGACUGGAUGUCAAAAGAAGCUGGAAAUUGAUGAUGACCAGAAACUACGAGCAUUCUUUGACAAGAGAAUUUCACAGGAAGUUAAUGGAGAUGCCCUCGGUGAUGAGUUCAAGGGCUAUGUGUUCAAGAUCAUGGGAGGCUGUGACAAGCAAGGUUUUCCAAUGAAGCAAGGAGUGCUGACUCCUGGCCGUGUUCGUUUACUACUUGCCAGAGGUACCCCUUGCUUCCGUGGACAUGGAAGGAGAAAUGGAGAGCGUAGGAGGAAGUCUGUCCGUGGUUGCAUUGUCAGCCAAGACCUCUCUGUCUUGAACUUGGUUAUUGUCAAGAAAGGUGAAAAUGAGCUUCCUGGUCUGACUGAUGUUGAGAAGCCAAGAAUGAGGGGACCAAAGAGAGCUUCUAAAAUUAGGAAGCUGUUUAACCUGUCAAAGGAGGAUGAUGUCCGGAAGUAUGUGAAUACUUAUCGUCGUACCUUUACCACCAAAAAUGGUAAGAAGGUCAGCAAAGCCCCCAAAAUUCAGAGGCUUGUGACUCCUUUGACUUUACAGAGGAAGCGUGCAAGAAUUUCUGAGAAGAAGAAGAGAAUUGCGAAGGCCAAGGCAGAGGCCGCAGAGUACCAGAAACUUCUUGCCUCCAGGUUGAAGGAGCAGCGUGACCGACGCAGUGAAAGUUUGGCAAAGAAGAGAUCAAGGCUCUCUGCUACCUCUAAGCCAUCUGUUGUGGCUUAAUGGUGAUUUAAAGUAGCUGGUAAGGUUGUCGGCCUGAUGCCUCGGAUAUGGGUUGGGGUAAUUUUGUUUGUUAAUUUGGAGAAUUCAUGAGAUUACUUCCUUGUUUCCUGCUAGCAAUCGUCUUCUAGACAAAUGAGAUUUUGUUUUAUUAUGUUUCUAUGUUGAGUGUAACUUCUAUCAUUUGCUAUAAUCUCACCUUUAUGUUGGAUUUAAGCAAAUGUUGUGGUUGGUUUAUGAUGAAUCUUCUUUGAAGGAUAUCGUAAUAUGUGUAGAAA